GAACUGCUCUGACGUCACGUACCUCAAUGCGGAAGCGGUCGUCAUCGUAAAAUACGCCUGAACAUGUCGUGGAUAAAGGAGGGCGAGUUAAACCUACUGGAGAAGAUUUCAGCCAGUAUCCUCAAGGCAGGGCCCAUGCCCAAACACGUGGCCUUCAUCAUGGACGGCAACCGUCGCUUUGCGCGCAGGAAGAACAUGGAGCGCCAGGAGGGACACAUGCAGGGCUUCGACAAAUUGGCAGAGCCCUCGCUUGUCUUCCAGACACUUCGCUGGUGCAAGCAUCUGAACAUACAGGAGGUGACUGUGUAUGCCUUCAGCAUCGAAAACUUCAAGCGCACUAAGGACGAAGUGGAAGGCCUGAUGGAACUGGCCAAACAGAAAUUUGAAAGACUCUUGGAGGAACGGGAAAAUCUGGAGAAGCACGGCGUUUGCAUCCGGGUGCUGGGCGACCUGAAUCUGCUGCCGCUGGACCUCCAGCGACUCAUUGCCAAAGCGGUGCUUGCCACCCGAGCUCACAAUAAGUGUUUUUUGAACGUGUGCUUUGCCUACACGUCACGAUAUGAAAUGACCAACGCGGUGAGAGAAAUGGCCUGGGGGGUGGAGCAAGGACUGAUUCAAGCCAGUGACGUGUCGGAGGCGCUGCUGAGCCAAUGUCUGUACAGCAACAAUUCUCCCAAUCCUGACCUUCUCAUCAGAACCUCCGGCGAAGUGCGCCUCAGUGACUUCUUACUCUGGCAGACAUCCCACACGUGUUUAGUGUUCCAGUCCGUGCUGUGGCCCGAGUAUUCCUUCUGGAACUUGUGUGAAGCCAUUCUCCAGUAUCAAGUCAACCACAAAUCCAUUCAGAACGCACGGGACGUCCACCGAGAGCACCAGAAGCUACUGCAGCUAGAGGCUGACCGCACCUGCGCCUUGUCCGCUGAGCACCUACAGCGCCACGGCAACGGCAAGCCCGCAGACGCUGGUCGCAGGCAGGAAGCGCUGUCGCACUACGUCGCUCGACGGCAAGAGCGAGUUCGCCACUUCCUGGAGGCGCUGACGACCAAGCGGGACUCUUUCUUUACUGACUUGUGCGACGGCGGGUUGGCCUAAGAGCGCCUCGUUGUAGACCCCGCCUCUCUUCUUCUGCUCAGUGACCAGAAGAGGGCGACAUCAACCCCUAUGGGGCAAGAGAGUUACUGGCAUAUUUAUAAAUGUAGAUUUAAAUGU